AUGAGACAAUCCACUUUUUAAAUACAAGAUAUAUACCGUAAUGUAUACAUAUGUAGGAUACUAUUACAACUUGACCAAAUUUAUUCAAUUUCUCCUCCUCUUUAUAUCAAUAAGAAACUAUUCAUGAUACUGGACCAGCCUGUGUGAAUCUUGUCCCAUCCACAAAUCUCCCAUUAUAUAAAUAAAGAACCUUCACCCCUAAAACCAAAAUCAACAUUAACAACUUCAUAACUUCCUAAGCAAGAGAUUGAGAGAAAAUCGAUUUUCUUUCUAAGACUCUCAAAUUAUCUAAAAAGAAAAAUGGCUUUUUGGUCUGCUGAGAAUGCUACAAAAGCCUAUCUUAGUACAUUGAAAACGGAUCAAAGGACAAAAGAACCAAACGUGGCCGAAUUCAUAUCAGCCCUAGCGGCCGGCAAUAGCGCCAGAAAAAUUGCUGUGGCUUGCGCCGGAGCAGCAAACGCGGACAUACUCGUUGCCCUAAUCUCAGCAGCCAACCAAACUCGCGGUCAAGUUGUAUGCGUUUUACGCGGCAUUGAAGAACUAAUCAUAUCCAAGAAAAUGUUGGAACCAUCAGAGAUUCAUCAGAUACAAUUCGUUGUCGGAGAAUCUAACGACGACAUUCUAAUCAAUGAUCAUUUCGGAGAAGCAGAUUUCGUUCUCGUGGAUUGUAACCUCGAGAACCACCAAGAGAUCGUUAGAAAGAUCCUUAAUCAUCACGCAGAAAACGCUAGAACCGGUGGUGGAAGCGGUAUGGCGGUUGUGGUGGGUUAUAACGCGUUUUCGAGAGGGUCGUGGAGGUUUAGCGAUGGUAGGAAAACGCAGUUUUUGCCUAUAGGAGAAGGGUUGCUUGUGACGAGGGUCAACGACAAUCAGAAGAUGACGUUGAAAAAUCACCAUCGUGAGCAAGUGAGGAAGAGUCGUUGGGUGGUGAAGGUUGAUAAGUGCACUGGAGAGGAACAUGUGUUUAGGGUUAGGGUUCCAAGAGGAGAAGCCAUUAUUGAGGCUUAAGUUUAAAUCUCUUAUAUUAUCGGGUACUUUAGAGCAAAGAUCACCUCUGUGAUGGUUCAGACGAGUGAAAGUAGUAAGAAUUAAGAUUAAUUAGUUAUUUGUAUUAGUAAUUAUAAGAGUUUUGAUUGGUAUUGGAGUGUUUUGUGUGGUGAGAGAAGAGUGAAGAAAGUCUAUAUGUUUUUCCAAGUAAAUGACUUUUUUUUUUGUAAGUGUAAAUAUGAAAAGAUGUGUUUUGUUUUAAA